AUGUUUAGGAAGGAUCCAAAGAUUGAGGCGGCAGAUGAGGAGCUUGAACUGUUGCAAAGCCUGUUCAAUUUGAGUCUCAGCCUUGCCAGUCCAGAAUUCAGAGCUCUUGGGUUUCAGCCCCCUGAUCUCUUGGUCUUGCUCUGGACCAGGUUCUCUCACCAGUGCGAAUUCUCUAACCUCCACAACGGCCAUAAUAGAGAGGGGUAAAGAGAUUGAUGGAUUUGGAAAUUGAACCCUAUCUUCUGAUGAGUCA